AAUAUGUAUAGACAUUAAGCAUGUUUUGUAUUAAAAGUAACAAACGAUAUAAGGAGAUAUAUUUCCUAGAAUAGCUUAAAAAGAAGAACUCACAACAGUAGUUGAGAAACAUAAUUGUUAUCUUAAACAAAAAAGAAAAAACAGUAAGAAAAACUUAAUAGUUAGAUAGAUGAGAUCAAAGAUUGCGUUAUCUGAUUAAUAAUCAAUGAUAUAUAUUUAAAUUUUCUAAUUUUUUAUAUAAUACACAGAGUUCAUUUGUUUUUCUGAAAAACACAAACAAUUAUAUGAUAAAUUUAUGCAGUGCAUUGCAAUAGUUUACAAUAAGUUUUUAAAAUUUUUAGAAAUUACUUUCUAAGAUCCUUUUUCAUUUCCUUUCAUGCGAAAAUUGUACUCAAAAAUUACCUUUCUUUUUAAACAAGAUUUUUAUGAAAAAAAUGUCAUUUCUUUAAAAAUUUGUAAAAGUAAUAAACUAUUUUUACUAUCUAUCUUUUAAAUUAAAAUUGAAUCAGAAUAGAAAUCAAGAUAAUUUUUAACAUAAAUAAACUCUUGCAAACGCAUGAGGUAGUGAAUGGCCUUAAUGAACAUUGCUGCUUUUACUUCAGUAAUUUUUUAAUUAUGUAUAGUUUAUAACUAUUAUUAUAGAGUAUAAUCAAUAUAUAAUAACAGUUGUUAUGUAAAAAUGUAUUUAUUUAUGAAUACAGUAAUUUAAUGUUUUCCCAAGAAAUUUGUCAGAUUCAAGGUAGCUUUUGAAAAUGUAAGUUUAUUAUCUCUUACCAACAGCAGCAUUAUGUGUUCGAUCGUCAGCCAUUUUUCUAAUCUUCCAUCCAUUCUUAUUCGCUUCAUCCGUUCGUAUACAUAACCUAGUAUGCCCUUAACGAAGCGGUGAAUUUAAAGAAAUGAGUGUUAACGAUUUAUUGUGAUUGUAUGAUAUUCGAACUUUAUGUAUUAUUCAAUAUUAUAGUAAAUACUGUAGUAAACAUUAUAGUAAACACUUGUUUGAUAAGAACGAACUAUACAUAUAACAUAUAAAUAAAUCAAAUAAGUGCAUUUACUAAGUUAAUAUUUAGACAAUUCGAUCUUCCUUCAUUAUAAAUUUUUUUCUUUGAUAAAUAAGAAAGUAUAAAAGCAAAAAGAAUGAGUUAUGCAAUAUUACAUCGAUUAGUGCUGAUACCAUAUAGGCAGAACAUAAAUUUUGCUAUUUAUCGCAAGGUUGAAAAUGUGUUUAUGUUUUUCCAGCAGAAGAUUACUAUUCCGAUAGCUUAUUCUGUAAAUAUGAAUGUUUGUAUUUCGUAUAGAUCUUUUUAUAAUAAGUCUCAGCUUCUCAAAAAUGUUAUUAUAACUAAUAAGAAAGGAAUUCAAGAGAAUAUUUCUACACUUCAGUUAAAAAAGAGACCUAUAUGGAAAAAUAAAUCUGUUGUAGGAGAAGAGGUAUCUUUAAUUCCUGGAGCUUGGAUCAUAAAAGCAUUAGCUACAGCAGAACAGUAUAACUUGGAAAGCUUAGAAAUUGGACUUUUGAAUCAACAACUAUAUAUACCUCAUAAAAUUUGUACAUCUACAAAUCCUCUACCAGAUGUUAUUCAUGCAAUAGCAAAAUAUGAAGUAGGACAUGAAGCAAGAGAAUUAUAUUUUUUCCGAGAGGGCACAAUUGUCAUGUGGAAUGUUUCUGAUUUGGAAAGUGGGAACAUAUUACAAUUUUUAAAACAUUAUGAAGAAAAUAGUUAUACAUUAGAAUUAAUUCAUGCCGAAAGCGAAUUAAUGACUUAUACGUAUACGGAGAGUGGAAAGAAAUGUCAUAUCAAGGAUGGAAAUAUAAUACUUACACGGGAUGCUACAAACUUAGAAAAAUAUACAUUUUCCAAUGCAAUAGCACAGUCUGUAAAACUUGGAAUUUGGGAGACAUCAUUAGGUCAUUAUAUAAAUACAGUAGAAUUUGUAACAGAAGAUUUAAGAACUGGUAAAAAAUUGCAAAUGUCGCAAAGCGAAGUCCUUAGAAAACAGGGUGAAUUAUUUGCAUUAAGACAUUUAAUUAAUCUAAGCUCAGAUUUAUUGGAUACUCCUGAUUUUUAUUGGGAACGAGACGAUCUAGAAAGCUUAUAUCAACAAAUAUAUGGAUACUUCAAUAUAGCAAAGCGUACAAAGGUAAUGAAUGAAAAGCUAAAUCAUUGCGUGGAGCUCGUUGCAAUUCUUUCAAGUCAUUUGAGCGAUCGACAUCAUAUUCGCUUAGAGUGGAUGAUCAUAGUUCUUAUAAUGGUAGAAGUUGCAUUUGAAAUAUUACAUUAUGUAGAUAGAUAUCUUGUAAAAUAGAUAUUACCAUAGUUUUUUUAUAUUAUAUGCAUA